AUGAAAGGCCUCCUCCCGCUCCUGGGUCUGGCAUCCGCCGCCCAAGCCCUCUACUUCUAUGUGGACGGCGCCUCGCCAAAAUGCUUCUUCGAAGAGUUGCCCAAGGAUACCCUCGUUGUAGGCCACUACUCUGCCGAAGAGUACGACGACCGCAUCAACGCCUGGCAGCAGCACAACGGCAUCUCCAUCUACAUUUCCGUAGACGAGGUGUUUGACAAUGACCACCGGAUCGUCUCCCAGCGAGGCUCCUCCUCCGGCCGCUUCACCUUCACGGCCCACGAAGCCGGCGACCACAAGAUCUGCUUCGUGCCGUCAUCUACGUCCGGUCGAUCCUCGUGGCUGAGUGCUCACGGUCCCAACGGCGGCAUCAAGAUGAAGCUCGAUCUCGUUAUCGGCGACACGGGCCAGAUUGAGAGCAGCGACAAGGACAAGUUGCAGGAUAUUACGUCGCGUAUCAAGGACCUCAAUGCCAGAUUGAACGAUAUCCGUCGUGAGCAGGUCUUCCAGAGAGAGCGUGAAGCCGACUUCAGAGACCAGUCCGAGUCUACCAACGCCCGUGUCAUUCGAUGGAUCAUUAUCCAGCUCGUCGUUAUUGGAAUCACGUGCGCUUGGCAACUGUCACAUCUCCGAUCCUUCUUCAUCAAGCAGAAGCUUACGUAG